AUGAUUUCUACAAUCAGAGUCAUCGAAGAUAAACAAUGUCAAAGUCUUAUAGAAAAAAAAACAGAAGAAUACGAAAGUACUCGCGUAAAGGACAUUACCCAGCUGAUUACCAGCGAUGAAGCCGUUAGCUUGAUGAGUGUUGAUACCACAGAUAUGAAGACUGUUGUGAAGAUUGAACACCUCAUUAAAAAUGUCCUACAGUUCAUACAAGAAAAGAACCAGGCCAUGUUUAAUCUAGAAUGCAAACUGAUUUGCUCCAAAUACGCAUUCCAAAUAUCGGAUUCAAAAAACAAGGCUCUUCAAACAGAACAAGAAAGCCUAAAGGAAAGUCAACAUUCCAUGAAAGUCAAGAAUUUCCAAAACGAGCAUAAGAUUAAGCCUUUAGUAAAUAAACAAAAAGAGUUGGAAAUGGACGUGUUUCAAUUAACGACGGAAAAGAAGAUGCAACAAUCAAAGAUACAGCAACAGGGUAAAGAAAUAUUUUCCCUUGCCUCUCAAUGUGAGAGAUUGAAACGGCGGUUGAAUUCAGUCAACGAAGAUAACUACAAACAUCAGCACAACCUAGCUAUUCUGAAGGAUGUGUUGAAAAUUAAAGAGGAAGAGAGCAAGCAAUUAUAUAAGGAAAGGAAGACCUUUAUUGCAAGCAUUGAUCGAGCAAAUUUUGAAGCCGAGCAAAUGAAAUUUCAACUAGAAAAGCAUUCAGAAGAAGACAUUCUGACAAGAACUAGCGUCGAUAAUCUUUCUAACAUGAUAAAUGUUAUUCGAAAUGACUGUCAAAAAGUUGAGGAAGAGAACCGAAUCCUUAAUAUGGAAAAAAGUCAAAUGACCCAAAAAGUACUGGCUUUGGAAAACGACUUGGAGGAGUUGGAAAUAACUUGUCAGAUUUUCAAAGAAGAGAUCGAAAUAUCAGAGAAAGAAAAUGAAGAUUUGAGAAAGACAUUGAAAGGACGAAAACAACUGCAGCCAAUUUCUGAAGAAGCACACAGUGUCAUCCCAAGCGAAGAAAAUUUAGAGAGCGACAGGCAAAGGAAACUAUUGAAAAAGAUUGAAGAAGAGAUUGAUGAACAUGAGAUGAAAGAACAAAGCACAAAAUUGGAAAAGAAAUACGAGGAAAUGACUAGUGCUUUGGACAAAUCUCAACAAGAAUCCACAACCUUAAAGGACGAGAAGAAAAAAACAAUGGAUGAGAAUUCAAAAUUAAAAGAUGCGAUGAAAGAAUUGGAGAUGCAAAGUGAACAGGCCAAAAAAGAAAACGAGAAAUUGACCUGUGAAAUCAAUAAUUUAACUCAUGAAAAUGAUAGCAUCAAAGAAAAAGAUGCAAAACUGAAAUUCCUUCAAGAGAAAUGUACAAACACCGUUAAAAAAUUCAAAGAUUUGACUCUGGACCAUGCCAGACAAACUGUGAAAGCCGAGUCCCUUGCUUUAAAAUGUCAAACAUUGGAAUCUGAAUUAAAGGAGAAAGAAGCGCAAUGGAAAAAAUCUUCUUCGUUUCGAUUGCAAGAAAUAAAAACCCUAAAUGGACAGAUUCAUGAUCAAUUUGUUCAACUCGAGACCUUGCAAAAAUCCAAUGACAGCCUAGUGAAGCAAGUACAAGAAAAACCAGAUAAAACAACGCUUGAAACUCUUAAAAUGACGCUUCUAGUCCGACAAAAGCAUGUUUCAUUUUUGGAAAAAGAGAAUCAAAAGCUACAAAAGCUUUAUGACGUACAAAAACAACGAUACGGUUAUUAUCAGAAUUCCAUACAAAGCAUUUCAAACGAAAGAAUACAUUACUACGAAAACGAAAUUCAAAUACUUCAGAAUCAGAUUUAUAUGUUUACCUUGGAAGUACAAAACAGUGAAAUUCAACGCGACUUAACGAAGUUGAAAUUGAAUAAAAGCCGGCUCAACGAUCAAAACAAACUUGGAAAUAACCAAAUAUUCGUCUACAUGUCUGCCUUUGAAAUACGCAACUCCCGCAUGAGCUUACUAUCCCAAGAGGACAAGGAGAACUGUUCUCAAAUAACAAGUAAAGGAGAACGUUUUAUGAACCCUGAAAACGUUCAAAGAGCCGGUUUGCAAGAUCUGGAAACCUUUGAUAAAACAAACAUACUUCAAAACGAGAACCGACAAGCAAUUGAAACCGCAAAUCAAAAUUACGAUAAAACAAACAUGAUACAUGGAAAUGAAAUGUCAAAAGAAAUGGUUGAUGAUGAAUAUGAAUUAGAAUUAAACCAAGAAGAACCUACAGACGUGAAUGAAGAAAAUACGGCAAAGGAGGCAUGCUUGUUUUACUCUGAAGAAGAAAAAAGCCAACUUCCAGGGUUUAUUGCGGAUGCGAAACCCGCAAAUUACAAUCUGUUUACUUGUUGUCAAGGUGCAACGGAAGGGGUAUCAAACAAAAAAAAGGAACUAUCAAAAAAGAAAUUGGUUCAUCAACUGUUUCGUUCUUAG